AUGAAGAACUUUGCAUUUUCCAUAUUAAACAUUUCGAGUCUAUUUAUUCUGUACUUGAGUUCGCAAAGCGGCCUGUACAAUUGCAUGAGCACAGGGAAAACAGCAAUAAGAAAUGGCUACUUAAAAAAUAAGGGAGAUUUAGAUGAAGUGAAGGAUUAUCUAGCUGAUGAGUUGGCUGGCAAAAUGAAGGAGAAAUUAAUUGACUUAUUAAAACACGAAAAGAUUUUUUAUGAUUUAGGAAACAUGGACGAUGAAGAUUUAAGCGACUUCAAAAAUUACUUCAAGGACAUGUCGGAAUAUAUUGGCUUGAAGGCUGCCGAUAUAUUAAACAGCAACUUAGAGGAUUCCCUUAAGCCCUUUUUGUCCAAAAGUUCCUUCGCCAGUUUAAAAGAGGCCAUGGGGGGUAGCAGCCCUUUUGACUUAAAAUUUGACGACGAGGAUGGAGAGGCAAAGGAGGCAAAGAAGGGAAAUUCCAAAGAUGAAAAUGUAAAUGAAGAAAAUGCCAAUGACGAAAAUGCAAAUAACGAAAAUGCCAAUGACGAAAAUUCCAAUGACAAAAAUGCAAAUGACGAAAAUGCCAAUGACGAAGACGUCGAUGAAGCAACCGAAGAUUUCAUUAACGAGUUGGUGGACGUAUAUGAAGACAAGCAUCACAAGGACUUGGAAGAGAAUGUGCAAGAAAUAAAAACUCACAACAACUUAGAUUAA